GGGAGAGAUUACACUAGCAGAAGAUGAGAGAGGACGGUCCCGUUACUCUGCGAAUGAGCGCAGCCGGUAAACGGUCCGGUUGAUUGAAUCUCCGCAUCUGCAUCUACAUGUGGCUGAGGGAAAAAUAGCUUUGAAAGGGUAAGGACGAGCAGGAACAAAAUACCUCACCAGGAACAUGGGCCAAUCUGGGACUUCAUCCUAUUUUUGUCUCGCUCUCAAUCUCAGCAUCGUCCUCUUAGUUUUCUCUCACAAGCUCACGCCAGCCACUGCAGGCAGCUCAAAAUUGAACUUGGAUACAGAUGUGUCUCCUAAUGAAACUUCUCAGCCUGAGACCUGUGGUGGAAGUUCUGAGUGCAAAGAGGGGGUGAUUUUGCCAAUGUGGACUCCACUGAACCCAUCCUUUGGAGACAAGAUGGCCAGAGCCACUGUGUAUUUUGUUGGUAUGUUCUAUAUGUUCCUGGGGGUGUCCAUCAUUGCGGACCGCUUUAUGGCUUCCAUUGAGGUCAUCACAUCCCAGGAGAAAGAAAUCACCAUCAAGAAGCCUAACGGUGAAACCACAACCACUACUGUUCGUGUAUGGAAUGAAACCGUCUCUAAUCUUACCCUCAUGGCUCUGGGUUCGUCGGCCCCAGAGAUUUUGCUUUCCGUGGUUGAAGUAUGUGGGCACAACUUUCACGCAGGCGAGCUUGGCCCAAACACCAUUGUGGGAAGUGCAGCUUUUAACAUGUUUGUCAUCAUUGGUCUCUGCGUCUCCGUGGUACCAGAAGGAGAGCAUCGGAAAGUCAAGCACCUGAGGGUGUUCUUCGUCACAGCUUCUUGGAGUGUCUUUGCAUAUACUUGGCUUUAUCUGAUCCUGGCGGUGAUUUCUCCAGGUAUCGUCGAGGUCUGGGAAGGACUCCUCACUCUCUUCUUCUUUCCUAUUUGUGUCCUAUUCGCUUGGGUUGCAGACCGCAGACUUCUCUUUUACAAAUAUGUUUAUAAACGGUACAGAGUAGGAAAGCAAAGAGGAAUGAUCAUUGAGACAGAAGGUGAGCCAGAGCUGCAGUCCAAGGCGGAUAUCGAAAUGGACAGCGGGAUGCUUAACUCUCACGGCGAGGAAUUCGUAGACGUCGCGAUGGAUAUUGAAGAAAAACAAAUGGACGAGGAAGAGGCUAGAAGAGAAAUGGCCAGGAUUUUGAAGGAACUGAAACAAAAACAUCCAGAAAAAGAGAUGGAGCAGCUGAUCGAACUCGCCAACUAUCAAGUCCUCAGCCAUCAACAGAAGAGUCGUGCAUUCUACCGCUGUCAGGCCACCAGGCUUAUGACUGGCGCUGGCAAUAUUCUGAAGAGGCAUGCAGCAGACCAAGCCAGGAAAGCGUUUGGCGCCCACGAACUUCGCUCGGAAGUCUCUGAUAAUGAUAUUUCAUCCAAGAUCUUCUUUGACCCCGGCACAUAUCAGUGUCUCGAGAACUGUGGAAGCGUAGCUUUGAAUGUGGUACGACGUGGCGGCGACUUGACAAGCACCGUGUCAGUGGAUUACCGCACUGAGGAUGGCACCGCCAACGCAGGCUCUGAUUACCAGUUCACUGACGGUGUUAUAAUCUUCAAACCAGGCGAGACCGAAAAGGAGAUCCGAGUGGACAUUAUUGACGAUGACAUUUUCGAAGAAGAUGAACACUUCCUGGUCCAUCUCAGCAAUGUCAAGGUCAUAUCUGAAGGUACAGACAAUGGGAACCCCGGUGCCAAUCACGUGGACACGUUAGCCGGUCUUGGCCUUCCAUCAACAGCUACUGUGACUAUCUUUGAUGAUGACCAUGCAGGCAUCUUCACAUUUGAGGAACCGAUGAUUCAUGUCAGUGAAAGCAUUAGGAUGAUGGAAGUGAAGGUGGUGCGCACCUCCGGAGCUCGUGGAGUUGUUGUUGUUCCCUAUAAAACCAUUGAAGGCACAGCGAAAGGUGGAGGAGAGGACUUUGAAGAUACCCAUGGAGUCUUGGAGUUCCAGAAUGAUGAGAUUUCCAAAACUAUUCAGAUCAAUAUAGUCGAUGACGAGGAGUAUGAAAAGAAUAAGAACUUCUUCAUGGAGAUUGGAGAGCCACAAUUGGUGGAAAUGAGUGAGAGAAAAGCUAUGUUGCUGCAUGAGUUUGGUGGCUUCGUAAAGACAGACAAGCAGCUUUAUGGCAGGGAUGUGUACCGGAAAGUGCAGGGUAGAGACAAACCAGUCCCCUCCACCAUUAUCAGCAUCACAGAGGAUGGGGAAGAGGUGACCUUGUCUAAAAAAGAGGAGGAUGAGAGGCGUAUUGCUGAGAUGGGACGCCCCACGCUGGGUGAAAAUGUCAAACUUGAAGUUAUCAUUGAAGAGUCCUAUGAGUUUAAGAGCACAGUUGACAAACUCAUUAAGAAGACCAACUUGGCCCUCUUGGUCGGAACCAACAGUUGGAGAGACCAGUUUGUAGAAGCCAUCACUGUCAGCUCAGGGGAAGAUGAUGAUGAAGAGUGUGGUGAAGAAAAGAUGCCAUCUUGCUUUGAUUACGUCAUGCACUUCCUGACUGUGUUCUGGAAGGUUCUGUUUGCUUUCGUGCCUCCCACCGAUUACUGGAACGGUUGGGCAUGUUUCAUCGUGUCAAUCAUCAUGAUUGGCAUCCUCACUGCUUUUAUCGGAGACUUGGCAUCCCACUUUGGCUGCACUAUCGGUCUGAAAGACUCUGUGACUGCAGUCGUGUUUGUGGCUCUGGGAACCUCGGUGCCAGACACAUUUGCUAGUAAGGUGGCAGCCAUCCAGGACCAGUACGCUGACGCCUCCAUUGGCAAUGUGACGGGCAGCAAUGCUGUUAACGUCUUCUUGGGCAUUGGGGUGGCAUGGUCCAUUGCUGCCAUCGUUCACCAGGCGAAGGGCCAGUACUUUCGCGUGGAUCCCGGAACCCUUGCUUUCUCGGUCACCCUUUUCACCAUAUUUGCCUUCGUCUGCAUCGGCGUCCUCAUGUACCGCCGCAGACCAGAGAUCGGGGGGGAACUUGGUGGACCGCGGACUCCCAAAAUCCUCACCACCAGUUUGUUUUUUAGCCUCUGGCUGAUGUACAUCAUAUUCUCCUCCAUGGAGGCCUAUUGCAUCAUCAAGGGUUUCUAAAUCAACCAAAUCAAGAUGAUGCCACAGACAAGAUGCUGUUGUUAAAGUCAUUUCAAAAAGGCAAAAACUGACAAGUGAACAGAGUUCAAAAGAGAAGAUCAAAGCAGCCGCAUGUUUUAUUUGUUGAUUUUUUGUGUGUGUGUUUUGUCCACUGUAUGUUCUAUCUGUUUGAAUACACCCGUGUUUCUGUUUUUGGUAAGGUUGGCUUUUAUGUCCAAAGAAGAAAGGAAGACGAUCUACUGGGGCCUUUUAAGGCUAUGUCCACGCAAACAAACCCACGUUAAUUUAAAUUAGUUACGUUUUGGCCAUUUACGUAUUUGCUUUUGUCCAGCGAAAACGGAGCUUUUUGAAAAUGCUCACCUCAGUGGAUACAUUUGAAAACGGCGUCUUAGCGUUGUAGUGUGGACAGGGAAAAUGGAGAUAUUCGAAAAACGAUGACGUUUUUGUUGUCAUGUGACGCAGUCAUGUGAUCCAUUUAAACUAUAACAAUCAAGAUGGCGGCCCAUGUUAUAGCGCCGUUGUUGUGUCUGCUAUCCACUGUAAUAGCAAUGUUCACACAACUUUCACAAUGCAUUCAUUCAAGGGCGACAGGACGUUUAAUCCGAAUUGUUGUCCAGUGGCGCAACACGAGGACAAUUGCAUUUCAGACCACGCUUUUUACGUUUUUUUUAUUCUAGGGCUGGGUAUUGAUACAGAUUUCCCGAUCAGAUUCGGGUCAGUUCUGAUUUACGAGCUCUCGAUUCGAUUUGGAUUUCGAUUCAAUUUGCUCUCCUAGCUAAUGCUGUUAAUAAUACAGGGGACCUUCUAACUAGGUGCAUUAUGACAAUAUUAGUUUGACUAAUUAUAUUUUAUUAGGCUUUUUUUGUCACAUUUGAGCUUUUUAAAGGUGCCGUAUGUAAGAUUCAGAAACCCUUGUUAUUAGUGACACCUGUGGUCAUUAAGUGAACUGCAGCAGCUGCCUGUUGCUGGCGCUCGUGCACACACUCCAUAGGACGCGAGCAUCGACCAAAACAAUGACGUAAUGUGCAAAGAGACUGAACGUGAUUCACAGGCAUCAUGCUGACAGAUGAGGUAGCAUAAUUAAAGAUUGUUUUACUACAAACUUUGAGACUAAAGUAAAGCUACUUAUCAGCUAACAUAGCAUACUGAUACACACAUACAGCUACAUACUAGCGAACUAUACCAGACAGUUUACAGCUAUGUUGCACUAUUGUAUGUUUUGUAUGUCAUAUGUUGUACUACGGUCAAGAAACCAGUGAAUUUGCUUAAAUUUAUCCUGUAUACCUGACAUUUGUUAUAAAGAGAGGAUCGUUGAAAUUAUUUGAAAGUUACGAAGAAGGUAGCUUGCGAUACGUCAGCGUUAGCAGGCAAGAUCAAGUUAGCUAAACUGACACCGAUCAAUCCUUAUGACACUAUAUUUCACAUGCUUUGCAGUUAUGUAAGCUUACCUGUCCAAUAAGAAGAACGCCAAUUCAGGGUCGGUUUUGAUCCCCAAAACCGAACGAAGGUCCCUCCAGGAAUCAAAUGCCCUGCCGAUGUUCACUCUAGUUUUUCACUCGACCACGAUCAUGUUCCCGCUUAGCCAGAUGGGAUUCAGUAGAUAAAUGUUUUUGUAUUGUUGGCUUCCUCAGAGUUUGUGUAGGAGUCUGUGCUGUGCUGGAAGCCGGACGUUUGCUGGAUUCAUCUUUAAGAUAACGUUACCUAGUGUUGCAGUUUGUUGUCGUUGUUGAAUAGCGGAAGAGAAGCACCGAGGCUCUCGGGAACGCACAUAAAUGUCACAUCCUUUGGAUUUUCCCGACAAAAGCGACCCGUUCCCUUCACAUGAAAAUCAGUCUACUGGCUUUAAUAGGCAACCUAGAAAGUCCGGGAAGGGCUCAUUUUUUAAGUUGCUUUACAAGCCGUUCACACAUUGGCAAAAAUUGGCAUAAUUUCUACUAUUUACAGGUAUUUACAUUGAUUUGUUGAACACAUGCUAAAAACAGGUACUGUCUCUUUAAGAAAAUCGUAAUUUCUGUAAAAAGCAUCUGUAAAUGAGCGCAUAAUCAAAUGGCUUUACCACAUCUGUGAAAUGCAGGAUUAGAAUUAUAAUAUAUUCAUUUUUAGUCACAUGGCGCGAAACUUGAUGGCAAAAGUAAGUGACUUCCUCUCAUUGUAGUGGAGGGUUGUGCAUAGAGUAAAAGAUCGAUCUUGGGAUUUAAGCAGGGCUGGACUGGUAAUCCAUGGCUUGACCGGUGGGCCGACGCACUCUGUGGCCAAUCUGGGGUGGAAUGGCCAUUGGAAGAACCGAUCGGGCGAAAUGUGCCGAAUUGGCCACGAUAAGCUAAAAUGAUCCGCCGUGUUAUGCAGAAUGGACCAACGAACCGCCGUGUUAUGCAGAACCCCCCCCCCCCCAAUACUAAACAAGAUUUGGGCCAGUUGACAUGUAAAAUCCCGGGCCGAUAUAUCUUCCCAGUCCAGCCCUGGAUGUAAGAAUCGAAAUUGAGAUCGUUUAAAUGAAGAUUGCGAUGCAUCGGAAAAACUAUAUUUUUAACCCACCCCUAUUAGCAAUUUCAGACGUUUCAUUAAGGAAGAGCAACUUUUGGAAAACAUUUUACGGCAGUGUGGACAAAGAGCGUUUCGAAAGCAAAAACGUUGUUUUCAAAUUUAUCCGGAUUAAUGUGGAUGUAGCCUGACACUUUUGGAUUUCAUGUAAACAUUGCUGAUUUGGUUGACUGAUAGUUACUGUCUUUGGGAGAUUGCCACCUUAAACUUUUUUUAAUGUAAAUAGUUACAUUCAUUUGCGUUAACAUUGUUUGCAAAUUUGUAAUGGUUUCAGGAAAAACAUGUUGUGUGCUGGUUUUGCGAUCUUACUGUUUGGGGAAAUAGCUUUGAUUUGGUUGACUGAUAGUGACCAAACGUUUGACUUUCUUUAUAAUACGGUACUAGAGCAGAUUCAACUUAAUUUAAAUGAUGUCUAAAAUUCAAAACAUCAGCAAAACAUCAUAACAAACAGCAGAAAAAUCAGUGACCUCUGAAUAACCUUUGUGUUACUCUGGAUUCAAUGGUCAUGCAAUGUUUUAAAAAUCACUGUCAUAGGUCUCAGUUACCAAAUUCAAAUUGUGGUUAAACAUGAGCAGUGGCGUAGAUUUGGCUUGAACAUUGGGGGUUGGUUACAGCAUGAGGCAUUUACAUGCUUCCAUUGAUCAUGGUAUAAUUAAUUUGGGUACCUCCCCCAUGCCCCCCGGAAUCUACGCCCCUGAACAUGAUUAUAGUUUCAGUAUUAAAUCAACAACAUGAUCCAUACUUGUUGAACCUAGAAACGGGUGUUUUGAACAAUGAAAAGCAUUGAGAGACUCCCAAGUUGUUUGGGAUUUACACAAUUAAAUAUGUUUCUAGGCAAUCUAACAAUCCUUUCUUCAAUCCAAAGUUGGAUCCAAUCAAGGGGGCGUCCACCAGACAAAAAGCUCCCCAUUAGGAGGCAGUUACUGACGACAAUCUAAAAUAAUAUCAGAUGUUUUACAGUAUAUUGUGUGUGUUUCCUAAGAGGUAUGUUGUAUUUUUCCUGGACUCUGAACUGGUACGAUACCAGUAGUUUUAGUGCAUGCGUAUGAUGGGGUCAUAUAUAUAUAUAUAUAUAUAUAUAUAUAUAUAUAUAUAUAUAUAUAUAUGUCUUUAGUUUUUAGUAUUAAGACAAAAAAGAUCCAUGAGAAAAGGUUUUGAUAUUGUACAAAGUUCAGUAUUCACCAUUGGCAUGAUUGACAUGUUAACCGUAACACUGGGAAACUGAUUUUUUUGUAUAUAGUGUAUAGUAUUCAGGAUUUGGAUCAGGUUUACCUAUUUUAACCCACACGAAAGCACACCAGUAUGUUGUAAUAACUUUUGGGGAAACUUGACAGCCCAAUUGUUAUUAUUACAGUCUCUUUCACGUAUCUUUCUCUCUUCCACAGAAAACAUUAAUAGUAGAAAACUCAUAUUUAGGUUAUGCUUUUUAUACUAAACCUAACACUGUGUUAGCAUCUUUUAACUCUGGCGUUUCCUCGAUCUGGCCGAACGGUAAGUAGCGGUUCCAGUAGCAUUUACACUUGUAUGAUCACAAACCGUCCCCGGCCCCAAAUUCUCAGCACAGUUAAAGGAAUAUUCCGGAUUCAGUACAAGUAAGCUCAAUCGACAGCAUUUGUGGCAUAAUGUUGAUUACCACAAAUAAGCAAAAUUGAGGUUACAGUAAGUCACUUACAAUGGAAGUGAAUGAGGUAAUCCGUAAACGUUAAAAUAAUCACUGUUUCGAAAGUAUAGCCACAAGAUGUAAACAACAUGUGUGUAAACAUGAUUUUAGUGUGAUAAAAUCGCUUACUAACCUCUUCUGUCUAAAGUUAUGUCCAUUUUAAUGACAACAUAAUGCGCAAACCACAAUAUGAAUGCAAAAACAUAUAGUUCAAAUAAUUUACAUGUUUUAGUGAAAGUAUUAAUGGAAGUGCUUUAUGAAAUUAAAAUGCCACAGAUGCUGUUGGUUGAGCUUAAAGGGACAGUACACCCAAAAAUGAAAAUUCUCUCAUCAUUUACUCACCCUCAUGCCAUCCCAGAUGUGUUUGACUUUCUUUCUUCUGCAGAAGACAAAUGAAGAUUUUUUUGAAGAAUAUUUCAGCUAUGUAGGUCCACACAAUGCAAGUGAAUGGUGACCAGAACUUUGAAGCUAAAUAAAGCACAUAAAAGCAGCAUAAAAGUAAUCCAUAAGACUCCAUUGGUUUAAACAGAUCAAUAUUUAAACCCUUUUUACUAUAAAUCUCCACUUUCACAUUCUUCUUCUUUUAUUUUUGCCGCAUUUCUUCAUGCAUAUCGCCUCCUACUGGGAAGGAGGAUAAUCUAUCAUAUACACACCUAUCAUAUCGCUUCUGUAGAUAUAGAUUUAACCACUGGAGUUGCAUGGAUUACUUUUAUGCUGCCUUCAUAUGCUUUUUGGAGCUUCAAAGUUCAGGCCACCAUUCACUUGCAUUGUAUGGACCUACAGAACUGAAAUAUUCUUCUAAAAAUCUUUAUUUGUGUUCAGCAGAAGAAAAUAUGUCACAUCGGGGAUGGCAUGAGGGUGAGUAAAUGAUGAGAGAAUUUUUUUUUUUGGGUGAACUGUCCCUUUAACCCAGGGGUAAUGAAGCCCUGCUUCAGAGCUAACACAAUGGGGUCAUGUCUAGAACGUAACCUCCACACUGUGUUUAUUGUGUAUAUUUGGAGUCCCACAGAAACCCUACCCCUACUCCUAAACCUAACCCUUACCUUAACCCUACCACUAAAUCUAAUCAUAAACCCAAAUUGAAUAACAACGAAUGAGACUCUCACGAGACUUAGGCUGCGGGGGUGUUACCUUCUAUACACAGCAACACAACAGUUUAUGUAGAAAAAGAAAACCCAGGGUCUGAAAAGACGUUUAAACUGUGUGAGGGUUCCACAUAUAGUAUUUUCCACAUUUUUGACAUGACCACUAGACGUUUUAACAAAGGCGGAUGCACCUUAAUGGGCUUCUAAACAUUUGUAUUAUUUCCCUGAUGCACACACGGGUGAUGGCAGUAUUUAUCUUCUCUAGAAUUAGUCACUUGGCUCCCAGCCUCAUUUACAUUUUACAAUUAUGUUGAAGCAGUUUUCCCUCGCUUGUGCGAGUGCUCAGUACCUGUAGGUUUCAUUUUGAUGAAUGUCAUCAGUAUGUGAUAGAUAAUAUUGCAAUCUUUGUAUUCUGAACAUGUUGUUUGCUCCUUCAGCAAUUGAGAUUUGUCAUCUUUUUUGUUUUCCUUCUGUGUGGCACAAUCUUCCCCAACACUACAAAAUAAAAGUUUAGGACUUUGAAUGAGA